AUAGCGGAGCUGUCUCACAGCGUGCUGAGCCCGAUGUCGUUUCGCGUGGAAUACAAGCGCGGAUCCAACGCACCUGCCAUGUUCCAGCGACACGUCCGGUUUCAGGUGGAUAUAUCGACAAUAACCAAAGCACCCGGCGAGAACGGGAAGGAGUAUCUGUAUGCUAUCACCUUCACGUUACUAUCGGGCAACAUCAGGCGCUUCCGCCGAGUCUGCGAGGUCGUCCAGGCGGCCGUGUGUCGCGCGCCCGGCGCGUCCCGCGCGCCCGCGCUGCACCCGCCCUCGCCCCGCGCGCCGCGCCGGCACAUACACCCGCACGCCGCCGGCGAGAUCCCAGACAGUCCAGAGACGCCUCAUCAGCAAUCCGACCACGACAGCGACUCGUCAGUCAUUGACGCGGCCAAGAGUACCAGUCAUACUUCCAUCGACCAGCUGGAGCAGAAUGGAACUCACCCAUUGGGAUCCAGUUCGUCUGUCACCAGCGGAUCUAGUGGAUAUAAGCAAAACGUCAGGCGGCGCGCCGCCGAGCCCGCGUCGGCGUCCCUCGACCACGAGAUCAUGAGCUGCGGCCGCGACCGCGACCGCGCCGACCGGGAUCUAUCCGGUGCACACACGAAGCGGUCGUCGUCCGAAUGCAGAGAAGCCUCCUCCUCCCCCCGGCGCGGGCUCGAGUCCCGGGACAGCUCCAUCAAGGACGAGCUGCGGCGGAACAACUCGCUCAGAGACCGGCGGGACAUUCUCUCGCGGGACAGAGACUCGGCGGUUCCCACUACGUCUAUUGCGUGAGGCUGUGUCGUGUCUACGGACGUGUUUCAAUUGAUUGUGCCGCGUCAACACUGUUUUUGUGCAAGGUUAGUUUUUUGUUUUCUAUACAGGGUUGCGAUGGGUAACGUUAAAAUGACUCGGUCAAGAUUUCUGCUGACAAUUUUACUCUAAAGUGCGGCCA